AUGGCUCACCACAGUUAUCAAGAUUUCAGGUGGCUUUCGCCCACCACAGCCUCUCAGCCGACGUGGGACACGCGGUCCAGCCAAGCAACGGCAGCAUCGCUAAGCAGGACUCAGUCCGGUGCCCUGGCGGACCCGAUAGACAGCUACGAGGACUUUUCGGGCGACAACGGCGAGGGCGAAAACAUGACGGCGGGCAGGACGAGGCAGCGGCGCAGCUCGACGGGGCCCUGGGCCAGCGGCAACAGCAUCUCGAGCAACGGCGACGGGACGACGACGGAGCUCUGGGCCUGCCCGUUCUGCAAGUGGAAGCCCCUGAGGUAUCAGGGCUGCCACACGUACAAGCUCAAGGAGAUCUCGAGGGUCAAGCAGCACCUCCGGAGGAAGCACCGCAUCCCGCCGCACUGCGACGUGUGCGCCGAGGAGUUUGCCGACGAGGAGGCGCGCCUCGCCCACGUCAGGGCGCAGGGCUGCAGCAUGACGCAGAGCUGCGUGCAAAAGACGUGGGAGGGCGUCACGCCGGAGCAGCAGGAGCUGUUGGAGAGGAGGGCGGAGAGGAACAAGACCAAGGUCGAGCAGUGGUACUCGAUUUACGAGAUCCUGUUCCCGGGCCAAACACCGCCGGCAUCACCCUACGUCGACCUCGAGCUGUCCCCACAGAUGCACUCGUUCCAGGCAUUUCUGGCCUCGGACCAGGCUGCCACGAUCCUGAACGAGGCGACCAUCGCGCAGGUCCCGCCGCACCUUCAGUGCGAGGAGAUCCUGGCCAUCUCCAGGGCAAUCUUUGAGCAGGCCAUGCCGGCGCUCCUGCAGCAGUACGAGUCCUCGCAGCAGCGGCGGCUGAGCCCGAGAAAGCCCGCCGAGCGGGAGAUUGAGGACGGGCAGCUCAGCCGGGUCAGCUCGGACACGUGGAUGAGCGUGCCGCCGCUGAUCAGGAGAGCCGGGCCGCCGGGGCUGGAGGAAUUCGGCAGCGGGCCGAUGGAGACGGAUGACAACGACUUGAGCACGGUCUCGAGUCCGGUGACGAGCGUGCGCCUCGUCGCGGAGCCGCACGGUGGUGAACAGCAGCAGCGCCGGCCGCUGGGGAUCAACACCAACAUGGUGGCGGGGGCGGCGUCGCAUCAGAUUCCGAGGCAGCAGAUGCAGCAGCAACAGCAACAGCAGCAUCAGCAGCAGCAUCAACAGCACCAGCGACAUAGAAACGACCACGACCCCACGACGCCGCUGCAGCAGCAGGCCGGCCUGUGGGGGUUGCAGCACCAGAGCCCGCUGUCGCCGGCCUUUUGCGGGGCCUGGGUGAACGAGACGGCGACCUCGCAGCAGGAGGACAUUGGCGGUCUCGGGAACCCAGACAUGCUCUACUGCCACUUUGACGUUUACGUGCCGCCGUACUACGGAGGGCAGCAAUGA